AUGGACGACGAGCAGCAACUGAAUCCUAAAAGAGAAAGCUACAAAGUGCGGCUGCAGAGGAAUAAAUCUAUUAGCUGGCUCAGUGGUCCAAAGCCACCUCAACAGCUUCUAGGACCUGAGAAUCACUACAUCCCGCAUCGACUGCGUUUUCUGGGCAAACUCGAGAAGCGGACGUUAUCAAGCACAAAUUGGUUCAGAAAUGGCGUGGUUAUUCUAGUCAUUUAUGCUCUCUGGAUUAUUGCCAACGCGCUCCUCGCAAAGUACUCGUGGUAUCAAUCAUCCACUAGCCUAGGAACCCCAGAGAUGCUAUCGUGCACGUCAUCUUUCUGGAGCCGGCUAGAUGGAUGUGGCUUGGAUGGCACUCUAUGCCAGCCAUUCGAAACCCAGCCUAUGCCCUACAGAUGUCCCCGAGGCUGUGAAUCGACCACACUAGCCAACAAGCGGACAGUCGGGUUGAAUGAGCCAAAUGGAAUGACUUUGGUAGUCGGAGGUGGACAAGAGGGAGAACCUCUCGCUUCCAGUAUAUACCGCGCCGAUUCUUGGAUCUGUUCCAGUGCGUAUCAUGCUUCGGCCAUUAGCAAAUCCAAGGGCGGUUGCGGUGCUGUGCGCCAAAUAGGUCAGCACACUGGCUAUAUCGGCUCAACGAAAAAUGGGAUAGAUUCGGUCAGCUUCCCCUCCUCCUUCCCGUCUUCGUACAUUUUCGAGGAUGACGUCGAGUCUAGUCACUGCGAGGACUACAGAAUGCCGAUUCUGGUAUUCAAUAUUGUCAUGUCGGUGUUGGUUUCGCUGAUAUUGUCACCAAAACCUCUGGUGUACUACUGGACAUUGAUAUGUAUGGGUUAUUGGAACAACGCCCUAGCUUCAGAGCCGCGCUCUAUUCCUCCUGAUCUUGAAGGCGCCUUCAAAGACUUCCUGCCCAUGCUGUUUGUUGCAUACUGUAUAUGGAGAUUGGUGGUGAGGUUUUGCUUGCCGUUCUGGCGCAACAUGCCUAUAGAGAGAACAGUACUCACUCUAGUACCGUUCUGGUUGGGCUUGCUCGUUACAGUGCUUGGAGAAAGCCCGUUAGAUAGAUUAUAUGGACCUGAUAUCGCUGAUAAUCCAGACGCCGUAGUUACUAUAGUCAUAGUCGUCAUCAUCAUAGUGGUUCUCGGUUUAAAUCAAGCACGGGUGUUUCGCAACACAGGCAAGUUCUGGCUUUAUAUCAAGUGGUACUUCUUGCUGGGACUGUUUGUCAUAAUGCCUGCUUGCUUGUUGCCGACACUUUCAUUUAGAUUGCAUCACUACAUUUUGGCCCUGUUGCUGCUUCCACUUACAGCUCUCCCUACGCGAGUAUCAAUUAUCUGCCAAUGCUUCUUGAUCGGGUUGCUUAUCAAUGGCGUCCAAAGAUGGGGAAUGGAUUCAGUAUUGCAGACCAAAGAAAGUCUGCGAAGAGAUGCAGCGCUAGGAAGCGCGUUACCUAGCUUUGAUAGCUUCGAAAACAACACCAUAAGCUGGGAGGCGAUUCCUAGUAAUAUGGAUGAUUCCUGGGAUGGAUUUGAGCUGCUAAUCAACGAUGUGCUGCGUCUGAAGGCUAAUGCCAGUACGCAUUCGUACACCUUCGAGCGUAAUGACACAAGUGUACCGUACUUUGCCCGGUUGGCGUACGCGAACGGUGAUGAAGCCGGUGAUUUCACCAAAGCAGCAACUGUAUUUAUCAACAACGAUACCAUGGUACCGCCUGAGCCUGGGCCAUCAUAA